GCUUCCUUGGGAGCGGGCUUCUCUGAUAAGAUCCCAUCUCACACCGUUACCAUGGCCUGCAUCUCCUCCAACGUCGCUAUGACAACAGGUGUGGGGCUGAUCACAUCGGGCCAGUGUGAUACCAUAGUGGCUGGAGGGGUGGAGUUUAUGUCGGACGUUCCUAUUCGUCACAGCAGGAAGAUGAGGAAGACCAUGUUGGCUCUGAGCAGAGCGAAGACCCUCGGACAGCGCCUCAGCCUUAUCGGCUCUAUCAGGAUGGCUCAUCUCACACCUGAGCUGCCUGCGGUAGCAGAGUUUUCCACGGCAGAGACGAUGGGUCACAGUGCAGACCGUCUGGCGGCGGCAUUCGGAGUGACUCGGCUGGAACAGGAUGAGUUCGCGCUACGAUCACACACGCUCGCCAAACGGGCCCAGGAUGCAGGGUUCCUCAGUGACGUCAUCAGCUUCAAGGUGCCAGGUCGUGACAUGGUUGCCAAGGACAACGGGAUCCGUCCAUCCUCCAUGGAACAGCUGGCCAAACUGAAACCUGCUUUUAUCAAACCUCAUGGCACUGUUACUGCUGCUAACUCGUCCUUUCUGACCGACGGUGCAUCAGCUGUCCUCAUCAUGUCAGAAGAGAAAGCCCUGGCCAUGGGAUACAAGCCCAAAGCCUACCUCAGAGACUUUGUGUUCGUGUCUCAGGACCCCAAAGACCAGCUGCUGCUUGGGCCCACAUAUGGAACCCCGAAAGUUCUGGCACGUGCCGGGUUGACUAUGGAUGACAUCGACGUCUUCGAGUUCCACGAGGCCUUUGCCGGCCAGAUCAUGGCUAACCUGAAAGCGUUGGAUUCAGACUGGUUUGCACAGACCUACAUGGGACGGAAGGCUAAGGUGGGCGCCCCUGCCAUGGAGAAGUUUAACCUGUGGGGGGCAGUCUGUCCCUCGGCCAUCCGUUUACGCCACGGCUGCCGCCUGGUAACCACGGUAGCACACCGCCUGCAGAAGGAAGGGGGCCAGUAUGGACUGGUGGCUGCAUGCGCUGCGGGCGGACAGGGCCAUGCCAUGGUGAUCGAAGCAUACCCACAGUAGAACAGGAUUCUGGGAGGAGGACUCAGCAGAAGACUGUGUGCACAUAUACACACAGAGUGGAAUAACCACCCACAUUAUCAGACUGUACAUUCUAACACCACUUUGCCUGGUUGCAUGUGUUUUGUGUGGAGGAGAGUGUAAAUUUAGAGCAGAGUUUUGGUUGCCUUGCUGUCAGGGUGCACCAGUAGCCUUCACACAGACAGGAAUGUAACAGUGGGGCUUUCUCCAUAGUCUGUGGCCUCCUCAUUUCCUCUCCUCGUGAAAGGAAAUUCUUAGUCGGUAGUUGUCCACCGUGAUGCCAUCAGCUGUGUUCAUAUCAGGGCAGAUGGAGGAGGAGGAGGAGGAGGAGGAGAUGCCAUUACUCUUGAGAUGCACCCUGAUCCGAUCAUUCAGAUGUUUAUACUCUGUCUUUUGGUUUACUUACAAAUGAAUGUGUUACUACAAUGAUUUAAUUAAAAAACAAUAGAACUAC